AUUCUGGGGAUACUUGCGUUUGAGGCGAAGAACGAGGACGCGCGUCUAGCAGCCACACUCAACUAGGCAGCUCUCCCCUAGCUUUACUGCUCGCACAAUAUCGGAAGGAGAGCGAAGAAACGCUACGGUGGACAGGUGAAGAUGGAGAAAGUAUUAGGACUUGCCGUGAUGUCCAGUAUGUUAUGUGUCGGCUCGGUUUUGGGGAAAUAUGUCAGAGGAAUCGUCAACACAAAAGAGGACUGGGUUUUCCUCACAAGGUUUUGCUUCCUGACUGAUUUUGGCAGAUUGAACUUCAAGUUCCGAUACCCCAAGUCCCGAUGCUGUCAGAACAUAUUGCUCUACUUUGAUGAAAGCUCUCAGUGGCCAGCUGUGUACAAAAGGCCGGACAAGGAUUGCUACCAGAAAGAGUCAGUAUUGAGGCCUGAAAAUAAUCAGGUCAUCAACCUGACAACCCACUACACCUGGUCUGGAUGUAUGGUGGAAAGCGAAGGUAAUGAAGAGAUGCUGAAUUGUGUAGGAGGUCGAAGUUUUCGUUCUGUCAGAGAGAGAUGGUGGUACAUUGCGCUCAGCAAGUGUGGGGGAGAUGGGCUGCAGCUGGAAUAUGAAAUGACAUUAACCAAUGGACAGUCCUUCUGGACCCAGCAUUUCUCUGCAGAUGAGUUUGGCAUCCUGGAGACAGACGUCACGUUUCUGGUUAUUUUCGCCACUGUGUUUACACUGUCUUGUUAUUUUGCUUAUAAUUUAAAGGGAAGACAGCUACUCCAUACAACCUAUAAGAUGUUUAUGACUGCGGCUGGAGUGGAGGUCUUAAGCCUGCUUUUCUUUUGCAUUUACUGGGGCCUUUAUGCCAGAGAUGGAGUUGGGAAUGGCAGCCUCAAGAUAUUAGGGAAAUUACUCUUUUCUGUGAGCUUUCUGAUUUUCUUGCUCAUGCUGAUUCUCCUGGGGAAGGGGUUCACAGUGACCAGGGCAAGAAUAAGUCACAGUGGCUCUGUGAAACUAUCGAUUUAUAUGACAAUAUACACCAUCACCUACAUCAUCCUUUUCAUAUAUGAAGCAGAAUUCUUUGAUCCAGGCGAGGUGCUGUAUGCUUAUGACAGCCCUGCAGGGUAUGGUCUAAUGGGUUUGCAGCUGCUUGCCUACGUAUGGUUCUGCUACGCUGUGCUGGUGUCCCUCAAACAAUACCCCGAAAAACAACCUUUCUACAUCCCCUUCUUCACUGCGUACACUCUAUGGUUUUUUGCUGUGCCAGUCAUGGCUCUGAUUGCCAACUUUGGCAUCUCUCGCUGGGCCAGGGAAAAGAUUGUGAACGGCAUCCAACUCGGCAUCCAUCUCUAUGCCCAUGUCGUCUUUCUGGCCAUCACGCGUCCAUCAGCUGCCAAUAAAAACUUUCCCUACCACGUGCGGACGUCACAGAUAGGAAUCCUUCUCUCCAGUCCUAAAGGCAUGCGGGCAGAAAGCUUCCCUCAUCAUGCUUAUGGGAAUAGCUCCUUCCUAGGAGACUCUCAGCCAAACUUCACAGAGCUCUUCUCCAUCCACUCAGACCCUGUGAAGACAAUAGAUGAGACAGUGGCUCGGAAGGGACAGGAAGUGCCAAGGAACAGCGAGCACAAGAUCAUCACCACAACGGCGGACUUGUCAUCUACAUUCGUCCCUCUUCCUCCUCCAAUACCACCACGCAGCUCUGCACACUCUACCCCUCCUCCUAGAUUAACGUCCCACUUCACCGAAUAUUUUAGUAUGCAAAGGGCCACAGGAAUGGGCCCCAAUGCCUAGAGCAGGCCAUAGAGGAACUGGCCAUGCGGAAACUACCUUCAAACAUCUAUGAGGUGGAAAAGAGUUCAAUAUUUCAAUAGAUUAGGUUAAGGCAAGCGUGAAAAAGUAAAGCCAUUUUCAAAAAAGUUACCAAACAUCUAUAUCUUUGAAUUUGUAAA